CUUAAACAUUCCACCAAUCCUAACCGUUAAAGUGGUGUACGUGCGAAACGAACGUUCGACAAGUUUAGCCAUCUUGCAGUAGGUUAAGUGCAGAGGAGUAAAAUUGGUUGGCGAACGGUGACAAGCUUCUAUCAUCGACGAGAAAAAAGUGACAGAAGCUUUACGGGUGUUGCUGCAAUUAAGAAACUGCAAGUCUCCUGAGAAUUAACUUGAUAGUCUACCCUGGACGCGAUUAAUUAAAUAAUCACAAAAAAGUGUUAAACCAGUAUAGAAAUGCCAGAAUUGUGCACGUUAGAAGAUUAUACCAUCUUGACGUUUUCUUAGACAAUACGGUACGAAUAUACAUGCAAAAAUGGACGAAUUCAGGAACAAUUUAGAUGCAAUUGAGACGAAUUUACCUGAGCGUAUAGAUUCUGCAGUGAAUGAUGGCACUCAGGAACAGCCAUCAAAUCGUCAACAAAGUCGUGUGACCAUUAGUGAUAACGGAGACGCGGCUAAACUAAACAUUCCGCACGAACACAAAUUGAAUCAAAAUCAGGAACCUAAAUUCUUAGGUCGAAAACUCGAAGAUCUGCAAACCCGACUAGAAGAAGGCCAACAAGACUACUUAUUUGAACUAAAGGCUACAAUAGAUCACAGUACAAAGCAUCUGCAUAGUAAAAUAGAUAGAGUGGAAGCAACAGUCGAUGUAAUUCGAAACAUCCAACAAAAGUGUAAUGCGGACAGAAUAUCAACAGUGCAAGACGAUUAUGAUGUAAAAUGCAAGGAGUUCCUUGACGUUUUAAUUGAGCACUACAGGAAGACACUGAGUACCGUGUCGAUUUCACCGAUAUGGGAUGGCCAUGAUAAACCCAUACAUACUGUAUUUGUGCAACAGAAAUUAAUUUAUAUUACAAUCGAAAACGAUGGAUCCCGACGAAAAACAAACAACGAAGUGCUUCAAUACAAAGAAUUAUUUUACAAAGGCAACAAGCUCAAUAAGCGAGUAAUUCUACAAGGUGAAUCCGGGAUGGGCAAAACUACACUGCUAUCAAAGAUCGUGCUUGAUUGGUGUGAGGCUGCAUCACCUGAAUCUCAGGAGAACAGUGCGAAGUGUAGUGAUUUGGAAACGUUGUAUGGGUUUAAAUUUCUGUUCCAUUUAACUCUCAGAGAUUCGCCUGAAACAUUAGAGGUAGUUAAGAUGAUAAGAACACAACUAAUUGACAAAAUGUACGCAGAUGAAGAUGAACGUAAAGAGGUGUACAAACUACUGCAGCAUAUCAUGAAAAAAGAAAAAUGCAUCAUCUGUAUGGACGGGCUGAAUGAAUGGGCUAAUAACCUGAACACUGACCCUUUUCCGUUAAUUGCCACUUGUCACAAGCAAUGUGUAGCGUUAAUAACAACAAGACCAUGGAAAAUGGCGGACAAAAGAAUCAAGGAUUCUAGCAUUGACCUUUUAAUAGAAGUAAGCGGAAUAUUGGAUAAAGAACAGCUAGCGAAAUUCGUUCUCCAAAGUCUUCAGACCAACAAUACCAAAUCAAACUCAGAGUUUAUGUCGUAUGUUAAAGAACACAAGUUAGAGCAUUUUCUCGAGUCUCCAUGGCUAUUGACACUGCUAGUUAGUGUGUGGCUUAACAGUCAACAUUUUAGUGGCUCGUUGUGCGAAAUGAACUGCAUUUUGCUUGAUAAUCUUUUCAGGAAAGCAGCCAAACAUGAAGGUUAUUUUAUUGAUGCACAAUUUCGAUGCUUAAAGGGUACGAAAUACAUUUAUCCAUGCGUCGAAAUUUUAUAUUCCCUUGCAAAACUUGCAUUUGAGUGCACUUUCUCAUCAGAAAAAUCUCUUGUAUUUUGCAAAGAAAAAGUAUUGGAAUGUUUGUCACAAGAACACCUGCGAUUUUCUCUUCAAGCUGGAGUCUUAUCAGAAAGGUACAUUUCUUCAUUACAAUCGCAGUUUUCAUUCCUCCACGAGACAGUGCAGGAAUUCCUUGCUGCAUUUCAUAUCGCAACAUCAAAUGAUAUCUCAAUAUUAAGUAUCCUUGGAAACAACAUUCGUCAAAUGUUAGAAAUCAGUCAGGUAUAUAUUUAUCUAUGCGGGCUUAACACUGAUAAGGCUAACCAACUUCUAGAUCCAGCUGUCCAGGACCUUCACGGUGCAAUGAGUCACGGAUUGAGAAUGUACGUUAAAAGGAUGUAUAACAAGAAGAAUGAAUCUGAAGUGAAGACAGACAAUACAAACUUGAUAAAUAUUGUCACUGCUAACGAUAAUGAUAUUGAAUUCGAUUCAAGUUGUGUAUCAAUAGCAAUAUUAUUCCAGAGCAUGCUCAUUGCGGGUUUUAGAGAGGCUGAAGCCAGUGAACAAAAUGUAUCUUAUCUAGUGUGUAAUGACUUCAUAUUUCACGAAUACCUAAACGAUUCUGAAUCAGUCUAUUUGAAGUCAAUGUUAAUGAACAAUACAUCAUGUAUACGUUCACUUAUUCUACAUAGUUAUAUACUACAAGAGAAAGAAAUACUCACAAUACUUCAAAUGUCAAAGUCGUUUCUUGUGCGUUUGGUAAUACCUGGAAAUCACAAAGUGUGUACAGCAUUACGUGAUUUGAAAUUAACGGAGCUUGUAUUGAAAACAUGCAUCAAUAUACCGGUACUCUCUGAUGUGAUGCCGUCCCUUGAUAUAUUAAAUUAUUUACAAAUAACAGAAUGCAAUUUGCACGACGAAAUCCGUGUCCCUGUAGGUUUAAAACAUUUAUCAUUGUAUUGCAUAACGUGUUCUGCUAGGUUUAUGAGCAUGUUGCUACUCCGGUUAUCGUCAUUAGUUCGCCGCAUACGUUGCGACUUGCUUAGUUGCUCCGUUGCAUCUGAAGAUCACCAAACAAGUCAUGCAUAUGAUGGAACGCAUACGGAUAUAUCCGUUCUACAACGUGAAUUGUGUGCAUGUGACUUGUCAAACGUUAAACUGCUAGUUGAAAAUGGUAAUAGGAAACUUUUUGACUUAUUGCAUGGUACACGUAUAGGAGCCCUGACACUCGUUACGUCGGACGAUGUUUCAUUUGCCGCUGAUAUUCUGCAUACAUUAUGCAAGUUAGAAAAACUUAAUAUAUGGGGGACAAUAACGGAUCUAUGUGCUAUACAGCUUCCUCCAAUGUUACAAGUUCUGUCACUACAUAGAGUAAUAUGUUCAACUGAAUGGCUCGGAAGUUUGUUAAUCCAGCUUUCUUCAUUACAAUAUCAAGUUGAAUGUGUAUUGAUUGAUAAUGCUGUGAACACAAGUUACGAAGCAGAUGGACAAGAUACUGUUUUGUCUGUUGCGCGAAGUAAAUUGUUGUCUUGUGACAUGUCACACGUUGAACUGGGCGUAGGCAAUGGUAGUAGUGACCUGUAUGAACUAUUGCGUGGUACAAGUAUAGGGGCCUUCACACUCGCAACGUCUGACGAUGUUUCAUUAGCCGCUGAUAUUCUACCUACACUCAACAACUUAAAAAAACUAAAUAUAUUGGGGACGUUUAAGGAUCGAUGUGCUAUACAGCUCCCUCCAAAGUUACAAGUUCUGUCACUACAGAGAGUAAUAUGUUCAACUGAAUGGCUCGGAAGUUUGUUAAUCCAGCUUUCUUCAUUACAAUAUCAAGUUGAAUGUGUAUUGAUUGAUAAUGCUGUGAACACAAGUUACGAAGCAGAUGGACAAGAUACUGUUUUGUCUGUUGCGCGAAGUAAAUUGUUGUCUUGUGACAUGUCACACGUUGAACUGGGCGUAAGCAAUGGUAGUAGGGAUCUGUAUGAACAAUUGCGUGGUACAAGUAUAGGGGCCCUCACACUCGCAACGUCUGACGAUGUUUCAUUAGCCGCUGAUAUUCUACCUACACUCAACAACUUAAAAAAACUAAAUAUAUUGGGGACGUUUAAGGAUCGAUGUGCUAUACAGCUCCCUCCAAAGUUACAAGUUCUGUCAAUGCAAGAAGGAGAAUGUUCAACUGAGUGGCUCGGAAGUUUGUUUAUCCAGCUUUCUUCAUUACAACAUCAAGUUGAUUGUAACUUUUUUGAUAUUGCUGUGAACACAAGUUACGCAGCAGAUGGACAAGAUACUGCUUUGUCUGUUGCGCGAAGAGAAUUGUUGUCUUGUGACAUGUCACAUGUUACACUGUAUGCUAGCAAUGGUAGUAGUGACCUGUAUGAACUAUUGCGUGGUACAAGUAUAGGGGCCCUGACACUCGCAACGUCUGACGAUGUUUCAUUAGCCGCUGAUAUUCUACCUACAAUCAACAACUUAAAAAAACUAUAUAUAUGGGGGACGUUUAAGGAUCGAUGUGCUAUACAGCUUCCUCCAAAGUUACCCGUGCUGUCACUACAGAGAGUAAUAUGUUCAACUGAAUGGCUCGGAAGUUUGUUAAUCCAGCUUUCUUCAUUACAACAUCAAGUUGAAUGUAACUUGUUUGGUAUUGCUGUGAACACAAGUUACGGAGAGGAUGGGCAAGAUACUUCUUUGUCUGUUGCGCGAAGUAAAUUGUUGUCUUGUGACAUGUCACAUGUUAAACUGUAUGUUAAAAAUGGUAGUAGGGACCUGUUUGAACUAUUGCGUGGUACAAGUAUAGGGACCCUGACACUCGCAACGUCUGACGAUGUUUCAUUAGCCGCUGAUAUUCUACCUACACUCAACAACUUAAAAAAAAACUAAAUAUAUGGGGGACGUUUAAGGAUCGAUGUGCUAUACAGCUUCUUCCAAAUUUACAUGUUCUGUCACUACAGAGAGUAAUAUGUUCAACUGAAUGGCUCGGAAGUUUGUACAUCCAGCUUUCUUCAUUACAACAUCAAGUUGAAUGUGACUUGUUUGGUAUUGCUGUGAAACAAGUUACGCAGCAGAUGGACAAGAUACUGUUUUGUCUGUUGCGCGAAGUGAAUUGUUGUCUUGUGACAUGUCACACGUUGAACUGGUCGUAAGAAAUGGUAGUGGGGACCUGUAUGAACUAUUGCGUGGUACAAGUAUAGGGGCCCUGACACUCGCAACGUCUGGCGAUGUUUCAUUAGCAAUUCAUAUUCUGCAUACAUUAAGCAAGUUAGAAAAGCUCAAUAUAGUGGGGACGAAAACGGAUCGAUGUUCUGUACAGCUUCCUCCAAAGUUACAAUUUCUGUCACUACGAAUGGUAGAAUGUUCAACUGAAUGGCUCGGAAAUUUGUUAAUCAAGCUUUCUUCAUUACAACAUCAAGUUGAAUGUGACGUGUUUGAUAUUGCUGUGAACACAAGUUUCGCAGCAGAUGGACAAGAUACUGUUUUGUCUGUUGCGCGAAGUUAAUUGUUGUCGUGACAUAUCACAUGUUACACUGUAUGUUAGAAAUUGUAUCAGGGACCUGUAUGAACUAUUGCGUGGUUCAAGUAUAGAAGGUCUGACACUAGCAACGUCUGGCGAUGUUUCAUUAGCCGCUGAUAUUCUGCAUACAUUAAGCAAGUUAGAAUACGUAACAUUGUCUAUCACUACAGAGAGCAGAAUGUUCAACUGAAUGGUUAGGCAGUUUGUUAAUCCAGCUUUCUUUAUUACAACAUCACGAAUGAUUGUAACUUGUUUGGUAUUGCUGUGAACACAAGUUACGGAGAGGAUGGGCAAGAUACUUCUUUGCCUGUUGCGCGAAGUGAAUUGUUGUCUUGUGACAUGUCACUUGUUGAACUUGGCGUUAGAAAUGGUAGUACGGGCCUGUAUGAACUAUUGCGUGGUACAAGUAUAGAAGCACGAAUUUGCAACAUUUCAAGUGUUUAGUGUAUAGAUCUCGUAUGGCUCUCUAGAGUGGAACGUUUGUUGCCACACCCGGUUUUUAAAUUGUGUCGUCAUGUUUUGGAAAUUUUUAUCUUGUGGUGUUUAUAUUAUAAAUGUCCUAGAAAUUAAACUACCAUGAGAAGAUUUUGUAUUUGUUUGAAAAGUCUUUCAGCGUGAGGUGAUUAUUGAUAAAACAUUUCAUUUACCCACAAAAGGGAAAUGCAUCGACUUAACUGUUUUUUCUUAGUAGAUUGUUGUUCUCUAUAUAAGUUUGCACGUGUCUUGUUAUAACUUUUAUCAAAUUUACCGUUUCUAUCUGUAAACAAAAAUUGAAAAGUAUGUGGGUGAUUUUAUUAAUUAUUUUAUGAUGCUAUAAUAAAAAUUUUCUGAUGCUUAAUUUCCUUUCUACGACGUUUAAAACUUUUACUAUUGUUAAAAAUCAAAUGCUUUUCAUUGCUUUUAGAGAUGGUUGAAAAACGGGAGUGUUUUAUAUCUGUGAAUAAUCUUUUCCUGUUUCUUAUACAACUCUUAGAUCCGUACAGAGAGUUGCCUGAAAUAAAGCGCGUAAUGCGCUAAUAACAGUGAGAGGAAGUAAUUGCUGGCAGUAGUUUGAUUUUACUUAAAAUGUAUAUAGCAUUCGAUUUUUAUCUUUAUCUGUGCUGCGCGGAAAUAACACGUGAAUUUGACGUAGCAUAGUGCACUAUUCUAAUAUCGCAUAACUGUACUCUUCGGCGAAAGAGUAAUUCGAAAUUUAUUUAUUGACAAUUUUGCCAUUCUUGUCAUUAAAUUUCUUGUUUAAGUAUCGUUCAAUUUGUUUUAUAAACUCGUGUAUUUUCAUACUCCUUUACUAUGUAUUUGAAUACCUGUAUUUGUGACCGAAUAUUUAAAGCUUUAAAGUGAAUACAUAAUUUAUGGCUUAAUUUAUUUUGUCGCAUUAAUUGAUUUGAAGCGCAUGCAAUUAAGAGCGAGUUACUCUCAAAAUUAGAAGAAAAUAUUAAAUGAGCCCUUAAAUUAAGCAUUUAGUCUGCAUCGGGAUAUAUAUUAAUAUCGAUGAACAUGGGGCCUUGAAUAUUAGCUAUAUCCUAAGCAUGUUUGUGUUUCUCUCUUUAUGUAAGGAAAAUGUUGGUUCAAUUGCUGUGUUUGAAAUAUUUUACCAUAUUUUACUUAUAUAUUUACAUAAAAAAUACCCAAUUAAAAAGACUAAUUUGUUAUGCGUUCAAUAGUAAUUGUUUAGCACAACUUCGUCAGAUUUUUGUUAAAUAAUCAGACUUAAAGCACAUUCCGUGAAAUAUCAAAUAUUCAAUAUCAUUGAGCUUUAAAGCCAGUCUGUAAAACAGAAAUAAUAUUUUAGGUUGGAAAUGCUAGACAAUGUGUCGAAAACUCAUUGUCAAAUAUCGGUGAAUGUUUUUCACAUCUUUUUUUGCAACUUACAUGUCUGUUUGUCUUUAUACAAAAAAAAAUAUUUUUAUGGAACCUCACAUAACAAAAUGUUGGUACUUUUAUUAUUGUUGAUUCUUUGCCACGCUUUGGAAAUUUGUAAUGCAACAAAUAACGGAAAUGUUUACGUAUCAACAAGGUACUAACUACAUGGUUAAGGAAACAUGGCUAGUUGUUUUUGAUAAUCAGAAACAUUCUUUUAAUAUACAAGAAGCAUGAGAUAAGUAUUUUUAGUUUAUUUUUACAUUAAUUAUGUGCACUUUUAUUUGUCUUGAUUUGAAGUUUUUGAAAAUUUGAACGCCUGAAAAUGUGUGUUUGUAUUAAUAAUGUUUAUCUUUGGCAUUGUGAAAGUGUAAAUUUGUAGAAAUGUUAUUUUUAUUAGAUAUUGUCGGUUUAUAUUUAUUUCAUGUUUAUUGUUGAUUGUUUGCCACGCGUAUAGGUUGUGUUUUUAUGCAACUGAAUUGAACUGUAUUCAAUAUGUUUAUUUGUCAACGUUACUUAGUAACUUUAAAACAAAUUAUAAUAUCGGUGAAAAACAUUGGUUUGAAGGUUGUAUAACAAUAUCAAUCACUUAGAAAACUAAUAAACAUUAGAAAACACGCCAAUCAGACAUAUUACUGUUGUAGAAUAUUACAUUUAUGAGUGUGGUGUUUAUUGAAUAAUUCCUUGAUAUUGUUUGUUUACAAAUGCGAUUUCAUUUUAUCUAAUCUUUUGAAUGGUUUAAGUUACCACUGACAGUUCAAUUUAAGUGUUAAGUAUUUAUAUGAUCGUCUUAUUAUAAAGUGAUAUAUUCAACUACAAAUCUGAAUUGUCGGUUUAGUAAGAAGUACUAAACCAUACAGUGUACAUACAGAUUAUUAAAUGUUCAAAUACAUUCGUAUGUAAUUAAAAAAGAAACAGCAAUAAGAUGGUAACAGUGCAUUUUAGUUUAAUACAUGUAAUUAGGGAAUGUUCAUUUUUUAAAGCUAUGAGCUAUACUGUAAUAAUGCAUUCGAUUUUUUUAAUACUAUUUUGUGUCUACUCUAAAACUAGUAAAACUAUAGAGGUUUACCGUCAAAGUUACUAUCCGUAAUGUGAAAUAAUAGUUGCACUAAUUUGGUGUACACGUUUAUAUGUUUUCAUGAUUUCAAUAAUAACAGCUUUGGUUUUGAGAUGUUUAGAGCAGUUAUGAAUUGUUAUAUACCAGCUGUAUGCUCGACUGUUUGAAUGCAUGUUUUCGAAACUCGUGUCAAACGUUAAGGAGAUAACCUAAUGAUGCAGUGCAUGUUAUCGUGUUAUUUUUUACAAUAUCCAAUGUUUAUCUUAAUAUAUGUUAGAAGCUUGGUGGACAUGUUUUUAACAAUAAGCAUGUAAUUACCAAUGUUCGAAAAACACAUAUUUGAUAUAUAUGAAGUACAUGAUAAUCUUGUCGUCGUAUUUUCACACAAUGUUUUAUAGCGUUUUACAGGUAAGAUGCUAUUUCAGACGUAUAUGUAAAACAUAUAUUCAUACACAUGUUAUGGUACGUAUUUGUGUACAAAUGUUUUGUAUUUUUACUAUGCUAUGUAUCGAGUUGUCAUAAUCAUGCCCCCUUCAUCAUCAGAAGUAGAGUAUCAUCAGUUCGCAAAUAUUGGUCUUAAUGGCCUUCGUAAAAUACAUAAAACUUCUGAGCAUAAUGUUAUGGAAACGUGUAAUGCUAUAUGGUAAUAUCAUGUAAAAUAUAGAUUUAUUGUAAGCCUGAUAAGACAUGUUUGUUAUUAAACAGUUAAACAUGGGAACUAAUUGAAAACUCUUGUCCAGGUAGUUAGUUCGCAACUGUUAUAACGGUUGUAUUAUUACACAAUUGUAUACUAAUUCACGUAUGCUAAUUUUAUCUGUUAGCAAAAAGUCAUAGUUUAAUCUUUUUUUAAAGAACGCAAGGUAUGUAUUCUAUAGACCAAUUUGAGCUACGUUUUCCUUGUAGGUAAUGAGUUUAAGGGUUGAAAGAUACAUUAUUGCUUACUAACAGUUGUCUUAACUGUCUUAAAUGGUUAUAGAAACGUUUUCACUGUGUUUGUUAAGUCUGGUGUGUUUUGAAUUUUAACUGAUGCCUGUAAAAUAUAAGUAUAACUUCUGUGGUUAAAAGAAAUAUUUCACUUCACCAACUUGUGCUAUUUUUUUCUUUCUAUUUACACAAAGAACAAUGUUCUUUCUGCAUAUCAUUGUAUGGGUAUAACGUAGGGCGUAACUGUUUAACAAACCGUGUUUGUGUAUUUUAUUAACUCACCUGUGCACAAAGUGAUCGGCGAGCUAGUGGUGUACAGGGGACUCUCGUGUGUGGUUUAUUGUACAAAUAACGUCAAAAAUUACAAAAUUGAUAAUUUACAGAUCAACACAGUUUGUGUAUGAUCCUAAAAUCUCGAAAAUGAUAUUUUUUACGUCAGAUAGUAUUGCCGACUUUCUUUUCCACAUGCAACAAAAAUGACAUUUCAAUCAAACAAAAAACUGCCAUCCUGAUGUACACAACUUAUGCAGGAUAACCAUUGCAUCUCAUAAAUGGCUAUAGAAAUACUAAAAAAUACAGAUUGGAUUGAAGGCAUCAGAAUUAUUGACUUUGUUUAUGAAAAUUUUAUUGAAGACUGGUGUCCAUGAAAUGAAAAGUAUCACGGCUAACGAUUAGAAGGCAUCGCAAUAGACACAUGGUCACAAAAAUGCAUGCUAACAUAUACAUAAUAAUAUUUUCUUCAGUGCUGACCGAUUCAUGAAAUAAAACCUAUCCAAACUCCA